ACUUGGUGCAUUGGUGGAGAGAGAUAGGAGAGACAGGCGAGAGGAGACUGGUGACGUGCGGCUGCGACUUCCCGAACUGUUUUGAGUUUUUUAGCUUCAUCUUUCGCCAAUUCGGUUUGCACCUUUAGCCGCGGCUAGUCUUUUAGCUUGUCACAACCCGCCUCCGGCCUCAGACCUUUACGAGCCUGCGCAUCUCUUUUCGGUGAUAGCGGUCCGUGGAAGCAGCAGCGGUUGCACACACACACAGCGGUGAAGAUGUCUGGCUAUCAGGGCAAGAAGAACAUUCCUCGCAUAACCAGCGAUCGUCUGCUGAUCAAAGGGGCCAAGAUCGUGAAUGAUGACCAGUCCUUCUGCGCGGAUAUCUACAUAGAGGACGGCCUCAUCAAGCAGAUCGGGGAGAACCUGAUCGUGCCCGGCGGGGUGAAGACCAUUGAUGCCCACGGCCGCAUGCUGCUCCCAGGGGGCAUCGACGUGCACACGCGCUUCCAGAUGCCCGACCGAGGCAUGACGGCCGCUGACGACUUCUACCAGGGCACGCGUGCAGCGCUGGCUGGGGGCACCACCAUGAUCAUCGACCAUGUCGUCCCAGAGCCCGGCGUUAGCCUGCUGUCGGCGUUUGAGCAGUGGCGCCAGUGGGCCGACUCCAAGUCCUGCUGUGACUACUCUCUGCACGUGGACAUCACCGAGUGGCACAAGGGCAUCCAGGAGGAGAUGGAGGCACUCAUCAAGGACCACGGUGUGAACUCCUUCCUGGUCUAUCUGGCUUAUAAGGAUGUCUUCCAGCUCACUGACUCUCAGGUGUAUGAAGUGUUCAGCACUAUCCGUGACCUGGGAGCCAUCGCUCAAGUGCACGCUGAGAAUGGAGAUAUCAUCGCUGAGGAGCAGCAGCGUAUCCUGUCUCUUGGAAUCACAGGACCAGAGGGCCACGUACUCAGCCGCCCAGAGGAGGUGGAGGCUGAGGCCGUGAACCGCUCCGUGACCAUCGCCAAUCAGACCAACUGCCCCCUCUACAUCACCAAGGUGAUGAGCAGGAGCGCUGCUGAUGUCAUCGCCAUGGCCAGGAAGAAAGGCACUGUGGUGUACGGAGAGCCAAUCACUGCUAGUCUCGGCACAGACGGCUCACACUAUUGGAGCAAGAACUGGGCGAAGGCGGCGGCCUUUGUGACGUCUCCUCCCCUGAGCCCUGACCCCACGACCCCUGACUAUCUCAACUCUCUGCUGUCCUGUGGUGAUCUGCAGGUGACUGGCAGUGCCCACUGCACCUUCAACACUUCCCAGCGCGCCGUGGGCAAAGAUGACUUCAGCCUCAUCCCCGAGGGCACCAACGGGACUGAGGAGAGGAUGUCCCUCAUCUGGGACAAGUGUGUGGUGACAGGGAAGAUGGAUGAGAACCAGUUUGUGGCGGUGACCAGCACCAACGCGGCCAAGAUCUUCAACCUGUACCCCCGCAAGGGACGCAUCGCCGUGGGCUCCGACGCCGACCUGGUGCUCUGGGACCCAGACAUCACCAAGAUCAUCUCCGCCAAGAGCCACAACUCUGAGGUGGAGUACAACAUCUUCGAGGGCAUGGAGGUGCGCGGGGGUCCGCUGGUGGUGAUCAGCCAGGGCAAGAUGGUCCUGGAGGAGGGAACCCUCCACACCACCGAGGGCUCUGGACGCUUCAUCGCCCGCAAACCCUUCCCUGACUACGUCUACAAGAGGAUAAAGGCUCGCAGCAGGCUGGCUGAGCUGAGGGGUGUUCCCCGUGGCCUGUACGACGGACCUGUUUGCGAGGUGUCCGUCACCCCCAAGACGUUGACCCCCGCGUCCUCUGCCAAGACCUCUCCCGCUAAGCAGCCAUCUCAGCCCGUCCGCAACCUGCACCAGUCUGGCUUCAGUCUCUCUGGAGCUCAAUUUGAUGACCAAAUCCCCCGACGCAACACCCAGCGCAUCGUUGCUCCGCCAGGGGGCAGGGCCAACAUCACCAGCCUGGGUUAAGCUCCGCCCAGCGUGUGACGAGAAGAGGAGGUUUGGGGAGGGGGUCACCAGGUGACGGGGGUGCUAGUCAUGACAUCACACCCCCACCCCCACCCCAUCAGCCAAAUCCUCCAGAGGACAUCCAUGUCCUUCCCCAC